AGGUUCUACUUUAUGUAAUAAAUGAAAGACUAAAAGCUUUUCUAUUGCCUCAGAUAUCAGAAGAACAAGCGUCCAUAUGGAUAACAUGAUAGGAUACCGCGGCAUGUUAAGAAUAUCCUGGAUUGAUCAUCACACUAACGUAUCGAUAUUAGAACAACAAAGUAUUGCUGAAACAAAUACAACAGAGAUAUUUGCAGUCUUUUGGACACAUUGCUAGAAGAACAGGUACGAUGGAAAAACUGAUAGUCGAGGGUAGAGUUGAAGGAAAGAGACCUACGGAAAGAUCUCCAAGUCGUUGGGUAGAUCAAACAAAAAUAUUGAUUAACCAAGAGUUACAUGAAGCCGAACAACUAGCCCAGAACAGGGAAGGAUGGAGGGAAAUUGUGAGAAAACUGUAA